GACUCACGCGAUUGUUUUGGUAGGAUGGCCGCUCCUGUCAGUGACAGCAAUCAGAGACCGCUGCAGAAUGCCAUGAGACUUGUAAAAGUGGCCAUUCAGCUGGAUACCGGCAACAGACACAAGGAGGCCUACUGUGAAUACUUGAAAAGUAUCAACUAUAUCUCUCAUGUUCUGCUUGAAGAUGCCACAUCUAAACAGGAGGGAGAGAUGGAGUCGGUGGAAUUGGAGAAGAUGGUGAAACUAGUUGAGCAAUGUUUAGAGAGGGUUAAAUCAUGUGUCAUAAGAAAGCACGAGUCCCCAACACCUAUCAUCUCUUCCACUUCUCCAUCCGCCUCCCAAAAGACAGUCAUUCCAGCUAUUAAUGCAACAAAUCAUCCCAAAAUGACAGAAACACCUAAUGCAGCUGCAUUGAUUUCUGAGACCCAAAGUAGACAGCAGCCCACCAGACAUCGCAGAGUCCUCUCUGAAGGAGGGGAGACUGACUCCCCCUUCCUGCCACCUGAAGUUUUCCAGAAGCUUCAGUCAAUGGAAUCACAAGACAAUCGAAAGGAAUUAACGCCUAUUGAAGAAGCAUCACGUCUCAACCAGAAACUUAAGGCUAAUUAUGAGGCUCGGCUGGCAAGACUUACUCCUAGUCAGGCCACACAAAAAACCUCACUGUACUCAAGAAUGAUCCGGAGACGCAGAGAAACACCAAUGGAUAUCCGUUUAUACUGGAAAAAAAUCAAGACAUUCUGGAAGACUCUCUCACUCCAGAGACAGAUGAUGGAGAAUCUGAUAAUAGCCAAAGCCAGGCAAGAUGCCCUUCAAAGAAAAAUGGAAGAGAGGAGACUCAGGCUGCAGGAAGAAGCCAACAGGAGGUUUGCGACCUGUGGGACCAUGACACCUGAGGAACAAGAGCAGCGAGUUCUGUAUGCAAGUGUGCUUGAAUAUGAGCAAGAUCAUGAAUGGCCAAAAGUUUGGAAAGCUAAUCUGAAAAAGAAUCCAAAUGAUCCAGUGCUGGUUUCAGGUCUUAUUUCAUGUCUUCUCAGCUACCCAGACCACCCAGUCAUGAAAUUGCUGAAGAGGCUUCAGUAUCGGGUGUAUAACAGACUAUAUCCUAUAGUGAGCCAGUGUGUUUCUCUGAGCACUGGUCGCUCACUACCCUUAAAGCCCUCCCGCAGUGCCCAAAGCCUGCUCCUGUCCGACAGUUCUAUAUCUCCACAGCAGCAGCAGAGCCCACUCAAAUCUGCCAUGACACACAGCUUAUCAGACGCCUCCAUCUCCCUUUCCCCUUCCCACGACCUCAACGCAAACGACACAAAGUCCGAGAUCGACCCGGAUGAGUCCUCAACUCUGGUCUCCACAGAUAGGGAGAACUCUUUUGAGGAUCUAGAGAAGUUUCUUACUCAGCUGGACUGGGUUCCUUCUCAAGGUGGAGAUGAUACGGACUCUGAUGUGACCUUUGACACAACACAUGUGGGCCUAGAGUCUCAAAUUCAUCAUCUUGAAGAGCGUGCUUUGAAAGAACAUUUGAAGGCCAUCGUCAAAGACAUCCACAUUGCUAUUGAUCGCCUGCUGUCUCUGUGUCUACUGUCUUUUGAAUGUCUCAACACUGCAAAUUCUAAGGACCAAUGCGUGGCGAGUAUAGAGGAAGUCUUCUUCACCCCUAUUUGGCGCCCUCUGUUGGCCCUCUUUAGGAAGGUGCAUCAAGAACGGGAGCUGACUGUUGAGAGCAGCAUGCGUUUUCAUCGUAAUGUUUCACCUGGUGAUGUUGGUGUACCAUCCAAACUGUUCCCCAGAGACCCAGCUGUACUGCACGGUUCCUAUCCAUACGAGUCAGCAGUGCAGGAGCUGAGGCUUCUGUGUAGAGAUCACUGUCCUCAGAAGAAACUGGAAUGUAUUGUGAGAACUCUACGAAUCAUCUGCGGCUGUGCUGAAGAGUACCGCCUCCUGCAAGAAAAUGAUCCUCCACCCAAAUCAGCAGCAAUAGGUGCCGACGACCUGUUGCCCAUCCUGGCUUUCGUGGCUUUACGCAGUGAAAUGCCUCAGCUGGUGUCUGAAUGUGCUGCGUUGGAAGAGUUCAUUCAUGAGGGGUAUCUGAUCGGAGAGGAAGGGUACUGCCUCACGUCAAUGCAGAGCGCGCUGACCUACGUUGAGUCAUUGCCCUUGGGUGGGGCUCCGCCCCCGGCUGCCAAACCCACCUGACGUAGGUGCCUCAGCCAACGGAAAGAUCUCAUCGUGUUUGACAGUCCUCAGGAGUUGGUGUAUCUCCUCUGCUCAGCCUGUUUAGUCCCAAAUCAGGCCAGACUUCAGUUCUGCUCAAAUCGUCCCCACCUACUGCUUUUGAAGGGACUGGAGAAGGUUAUUCGCUGUGUUUGGACAGUACAGGGCAGGUUGGUCCGAAUGUGGUUCGAGGCGAGAUGAGUAUUGUAGCCAAAGCAAAAAAAUAUAUUUAUGAGAUGAAAUGAGCCAGAUGUUAGGAAAGGUUAAGAGUUAAGAUAUCAUCUUUUUUUUUUUUUUUUUUUUUUUUUUUAAAAAUGUGUGUGUAUAUAUAUUCUAAUCCCAUUGACCUUUUUUAUUUUCUUGUCCAAAUAUAUUUCCCAGAGAAUUUUACAAUGGAAAUGAAAGACUAAAGCACUACUAGCUAGCAUUUGUCAUCCUGUAACACCCUAUUUAUUAAACAAUAUAAAAAGAGACACUAAUAGUUUUUGUGUUGUUUUAGCUCAUUUUUAUUCAUUUUGAGCUUAACUGGGUAGGAGAAAAUGGAGAAAAAUGCAAAACAUUCUCUUAUAUUUUUUUUUUUUUUUAAAUACGCUGAGCUGUAUUUCUUUUGCAAGUAAAUAUACCACUAAGCAAAACAGGCAUCAUGUUGUUAGACAGUAUAGGUUUUAUCAGUUUCUUUUUAAAUAUCUUAACUUAUUUAAAUUCACUCUAGUAGUCAAAGAAGUAAAAUCGAUGUGGAAAAAAAAAAAGUUUGGAUGUGCAAGAAAGAUUAAUGCUGCUGAACUGUCUUCACUCUGACGUUACUGAUGUUAAGGGGAUUGAAUAGAAAAUAGAGGCGUAAUAAAAUGUGCGUGCAAAUGCCUAAAAUAUAUAUAUAUAUUUAUAUGUUGAAUGUUUGUUGCAUAAGUAUGUAAUGUGAAUGAUGAAUGUAGCUUGAAUCUCUCUGCCUGAGAGAAAACAGCCGUGUGUUUUUGUACAAAACCUUCCCAAGUUCUUCAUACCCGAUCAUUAGGAUUGGAUAAUGCACAUGGGCAUGGUUUAAAAGAAAUUGCAUGGCAUGUGAAUUUUCUAACAAUAAAGACAUGUAACCCUU